AUGUCUACUCAAGACUCGCGCGGUAUUCUUUUCACACAUACUCGCCCCCAGGAAGGGUUCCGGCUACUAGAACUUACCCCAGAGCUGGAAGAACUACUGACGUCGAAAGAUGCACCUGUACUCGAGCUCAAAUCACCCUCUACAGCCCUUGCACAAGCAGUAAUCGACCCUACCGCCCACGACUACGUCAACCUAUGCACACCCACACAAACUUACCGCAUCCGCCAAGUUCAAUCCUCAAACUCCCUACAUAUUCUCCGCCCAAGUCGCGGCGAAAUCUCCCAAGCAGACAUCAAAGUCGUUGAAGAAGAUGCCGGCGAAAGCGGGGCAUUGAACCUUCCAGAUGAAGCUGUAACGGCCAUUUCAAAGUGUUCAUCGACGCUGGAACUGCACAUCCCACCGGGAGGGUUCUCAGUCAUCCCAUUCCUGGAGAAGAGUCUACGGCUUUAUGACCGGCGCAGUGAUGAUGACGGGGACAUAGCGAUGGGCGGCUCUGCUGACCCCACUGCUCCGCUGGGAUCCAAAAAGAUGCGCUCGGCCAGGGAGAAUGUGUAUCAGGAUAUCCCUAUGUCGACGGCGCAGUGUGAGCAGGGUUGGAUGGAGCUUUGUGCGUUUGUAGAUGGGGCUGAGGAGGUGGCAUGUUGGCGGCCUUCGGCGCGGUCUCGUUUGGCUGUUUGGAAGCGGUUGGUCGAUGGUGCUAUUUUGCAAGGCAUUGAUCUUGAGAAGCAGUUUCUCGUUGGGGACUUGUGGAAGUCUGUUGUAGAUGAUGAGGAGAUGGAGCUGCCGUUUCCACGUGCAUUGCUGGAGGCUGUUGUGAGGCGCAUCUGCAUUGCGGAUGAACGGCCGCCUUUGUCGGAUGAUAUUAAAUGGGCGAGCUUUGAUAAGGUUGAGUGCACACAAUGGGUUGGCGAAACAUACUUGGCUGCCACUGCUCCAACUACGUCGUCUGCUAUUGGAAGAAGUGAAUUGCUUCGGGCGUGGAAGGAUUGUCUGCCUGAGACAUGGAGAGGAGAGGUAGCCCUGUCAAAAUUACCGAACGGCUGCUACAACAGUCCUGACCCUACGACUAUAUGUUUUGUUGAACCCUCGCAACGGCAGCCAACCAGUAAAACUGCCUCUGCGCCAGCCACGGCUGCGAAGGCUAAGAAUACCAGAAAUUGGCACGAACUGCUCAAAGGUCGCCGUUGA